AUGGACUGGCCCCGCGCGGAUGGGCGCCUCGCCAGCCUGACCGCGCAGCAGAGGGCCGGCGUCGACGCUGGGGCCAGCGGGGGGCGGCCGGAGGCGCCCGGCUGGUGCAGCGCCCCAGCGUGGCAGGUGGACUUCGGCUGCGGGCACCCCUGCCCCGUGUCGCUGCUGACGCCGCGGAAGGUCAGCCUCCGCGAGCCUGCAGCCUUCGCGUUUCGGACCCAGGCAGUGGUGGCCCUGGGGCCCGAGCUGGCGGCCGCGGGUGCCAUGGCCUGCGGCGCGCACGCGGGGGGACCGAAGCGCCCGAGGGGGCCGCUGCCGGGGGCCCGCGCCGCGGGCAGCCUCGGCGGGGCCGUCGGGGGCGAGAUCGUCGGCUACCUGUCCUGCUCGGGUGCGUGGAAACGCUCGAAGCGCUCGUCCCUACCCAUCGACUUCUCGGUCCCCUCCCAGCAGCAGCAGUCGAAGUUCUGGGGCAAGGGGUGGAGGUCGUACGGCAAGGACAACGGUGGCGCAGCGGACGUGCCGGGAGCGGGCCUUCGAGCGACGGAGCCCGCCGGCCCGGGCGGGCGGGAGGGCCUGGACCCAGUCCCUCCGGACCCCAUCCGCCGAAGAGCGAGGCCUCGGGGAAGAAGAAGGCGUCCCUGGGCUGCUGGCUCGGGCGGCAGAUGGCGGCCCUGCGGAGCGGCGCGGGGCCCGGGGAGGUGUCCCUCUUCUUCGACGCGGACAGCGAGGACCGACUGGAUGAUCGAGGGCUUCACUGACUGCUGCAGCCUCUUCUGGGGCGGCAGGUGGGCCGGCGAGGCCGCCGCCCCCACGCAGGGGGGCGGGCCCGGGCUCGUGGACGCCCGCGGCCUGCCCCCGGAGGAGCGCAGCCUGCGGGAGUGGAUCAAGCCGAAGCAGAGGGACCCGUUCUGCCGCUGGGUCCGGGCGGCCCUGGCGGAGCCCGGCGCCGCCGCCGCGCCGGCGCCCCCGCGCGCCUUCGGGGAGCCCCUGGCGCUGCGCCCCCCCUCGCUGCGCCACGGGCGGCUGCAGCUGGUGGCCUCCGUGGCGCUGCCGCCGCCCGCGGGGCGCGGGCAGCGGCCGGGCGCGGCGGUGCGCCUCCUCUUCGAGGACAUCGCCCUGAGGCAGAUACGCCGCCUGCCCGAGGGCAGCCGCCCAGGGGGGCGGGGGCGGGCGCAGUAG